AUGGAAAACUCAAAACCACUUGUGUUACCAACUGUUCUUAAGGGAGGAAACUAUCUCAUGUGGUCAAGGACCACCAAAACCGCACUAUGUGGCCGCGGACUUUGGAGCCAUAUUGAAGGAACAAGAGCCCCAAAGAAAGUCACCAAAGAAGAUGGUAGAGAAACUACCAAAGAAGACAAGAAGAGUCUAAGCUCGAAGAAGAAGUCAAAUGGUUUCAAGAAGACCAGACUAGAAUUAUGGGAGACACUGAAGAAUGUAUUUGGCAACAUAUCCAAUCUUACUCGAGUCUUUGAUGUUAAGAAAGCUAUCAAUGACCUAACUCAAGAGGAUAUGCAAUUCAACAAGCACUUUGGAAAGUUUAGGUCUCUAUGGGCAGAAUUUGAGAUGCUCAGACCAAACACCAUGGAUCUUGCGGUUCUUAAUGAGAGAAGGGAACAAGAUAAGGUCUUUGCUCUCCUCCUAACUCUCAAUCGGACCUUUAAUGACCUCAUUAAGCAUAUCCUUCGGGCAGACAAACUACCUAGUCUCGACGAUGUCUGCUCACACAUUCAGAAGGAACAAGGCUCACUCGGUUUGUUUAUGGGAAAAGGUGAACUUUCAAUGGCAAACAAAGGAACCUAUCGACCUGAUGAGAGAAGAUCAAAGGGAGGAUGUGAACACUGCAAGCGUAAGAACCACACCAAAGAUAAGUGUUGGUUUUUGCAUCCUCAUCUAAGACCCAAUGUGAUCAACAAGGAGCCUAUAGCUAACAUAACCAGAGUUAAAGAUGAACAAAGUGACGCGGGUGCAUCAAGGAAUGGAGAAGGAAUGGUGUCAGGAGAUUAUGUGAAGAAAUCAGACUUGGAAGCCUUCUUCAAAUCUCUAGCUGCCAACCAAGACUCUGGUAAAACCUUCUUCACUCCUAGUUCAAAUAGGUCUCUUGUUGUUGACUCUGGUGCAUCACACCACAUGAUUAGUAACUCGAACCUACUUGACAAUAUAAAAUCGGCUAGAGGUAACGUUAUAAUAGCUAAUGGUGAUAAUAUUCCGGUUCAAGGAAUUGGUAGUUUAAGGUUAUUUGAUAAAGAAUCAAAAGCUUUCUACAUGCCUAGGUUCACUUCCAAUCUUCUCUCUGUUAAAAGGGCAACAACUGAUCUAAACUGUUAUGCAAUAUUUGGGCCUAAUGAUGUUCAAUUUCAGGAUAUUGAGUCUGGAAAAUUACUUGGAGAAGGUGGUACCAAAGAUGACCUUUACAUUCUUGAUGACCCCUCACCAAGUGCUUCCAAAUCUAUCUUUGCUAGUUGUUUAAAUGUUUCUUUUAACGCUAUGUGGCACGCUAGAUUAGGCCAUCCUCACUCUCGAGCUCUUGAGUUAAUGCUUCCUAAUGUUUUGUUUGAUCAUUCUAGAUGUGAAGCCUGUAUUCUCGAGAGGAAGAACAAGCACUUAAUGGAGGUCGCACGCUCAAUGAUGUUUCACACUAAUGUUCCUAAAAGAUAUUGGGGAGAUGCAGUGAUGACAACAUGCUAUCUCAUCAACCAAAUCUCAACAAAAGUGUUAGGCGAUGUGUCACCGUUCGAGGUAUUAAAUACGGUAAAACCACCUAUUGAUCACCUAAAAGUAUUCGGUUGUGUUUGCUUUGUGUUUAUACCAAGAGAACUGCGAAACAAAUUGGAUGCUAAGAGCACCAAGUGCAUGUUCCUUGGCUACUCAACUACGCAGAAGGGAUACAAAUGCUUUGAUCCUGCCAACAACCGUAUAUUUGUUUCAAGGGAUGUUAAGUUUCUGGAAAACCAAGGCUACUUUGAGAGAAGGGACUGGAGUGAUUUGGAAAACUUGGCAAAACCAACUAAUAGAUCGGCUAGUCUCAAGUUUCUUCUUGAUCAUCUUAGAGCUCAGUCAAGAACUGAAACAUUACUGCAGAUACAAGGCGAUAUAGCUCCUGAAAACGUAGAGGAAACCUUGACAGAGACUCACCAACUGCAGCUCUGCUCGACUUAA